GCUGCCGCCUUCGGGGGCUCGAUCGAGCCCUCCUCCCCCGAGGGUCGGCCUCCUGCUAGGCUCGGGGGGGCUCCUCUUCCCGCCGCCCGCCGCCCGCCGCCAGAGGGCUGGAUGGUUACACAGGGCACCUUGGCUCCAUGAUGUUAGGGACGGUGAAAAUGGAAGGGCACGAAACGAGCGACUGGAACAGCUACUACCCCGAGACGCAGGAGGCCUACUCGACGGUUCCCGUGAGCAACAUGAAUUCUGGACUGGGUUCUAUGAACUCCAUGAACACCUACAUGAGCAUGAACGCCAUGACCACCAGCGGCAACAUGACGUCGGGCUCGUUCAACAUGUCUUAUGCCAACCCAAGCCUGAGCGCUGGCUUGAGCCCCGGGGCUACGGGGGGCGCCAUGAACAGCAUGUCGGCCAUGGGGUCGGCGCUGAGCCCUGGGGGCAUGAAUGCCAUGGGCGCCCCCCAGGCCUCGCUGAACGGCCUGGGCGCCUACGGGGCCAUGGGACCCUGCAUGAGCCCCAUGGGCUACGCACCAUCCAACCUGAGCCGCGGCCGCGAUGCCAAGAGCUUCAAGCGCAGCUACCCGCACGCCAAGCCCCCCUACUCGUACAUCUCGCUCAUCACCAUGGCCAUCCAGCAGGCGCCCAGCAAAAUGCUGACGCUGAGCGAAAUCUACCAGUGGAUCAUGGACCUCUUCCCCUAUUACCGCCAGAACCAGCAGCGCUGGCAGAACUCCAUCCGCCACUCGCUCUCCUUCAACGACUGCUUCGUCAAAGUGGCCCGCUCGCCGGACAAGCCGGGCAAAGGCUCCUACUGGACGCUGCAUCCGGACUCGGGCAACAUGUUCGAGAACGGCUGCUACCUCCGGCGCCAGAAGCGCUUCAAGUGCGAGAAGCAGCCCGGCGGCGGCGGCGGCGGCAAAGGGGGACAAGGCGGCGGCCACCACGGGGGCGAGAGCAGGAAAGACCCAGGCGGCGCCAGCCCGCCUUUGCACCGAGGCCCAUCCAAGGGCGGCCCGCUAGACGCGGCCCCGUCCAACGCCGGCGCCAGCAGCCCCCAAACCCUGGACCACAACGGCAAUGGAGGCGAGCUGAAGCCCUCGGUGGCCGCCGCGGCCGCGGCUGCAGCCGCCGCAGCCGCGGCGGUGGCAGCGGCCUCCUCCGGCCCCCCCUUGGCCUCGCUCGGGCACCCGGGCCAUCCGCUGGGCCACCACGAGUCGCAGCUGCACCUCAAGGGCGACCCCCAUUAUUCCUUCAACCACCCGUUCUCUAUUAACAACCUCAUGUCCUCGUCGGAACAGCAGCACAAGCUGGACUUCAAGGCCUACGAGCAAGCGCUGCAGUACUCCUCCUACGGGGCCAGCCUGCCUGGCGGGUUGCCUCUCAGCAGCGCCUCCAUGGGCGGCAGGGGAGGCAUUGAGCCCUCGGCCCUGGAGCCGUCCUACUACCAAGGUGUGUAUUCCAGACCGGUCCUAAACACGUCCUAGCUGGCAGGGACAUACUUGAGGGCCAACCGAGCUGAACCAGUCUUGCUUCCCUGUCCUGUUUGUCUCUCUCCCUCUCUCUAGAUUUCUAUCCAAACUGACGUACAACUCCCCCGUCCCGCACACACACAAGCAUGCACGCACAGCCUGCAGGAUCCGUGCAAGAGGGAAAAGAGCAAGAGAAAAGGGCGAGGGGAGAAGCAAAAGAAAGGACUGUUACUUUAUUAUUAUUACUGUUGUUGUUAUUAUUAUUAUUGUAUCCCGAAUGCAUCCUGUUUCUUCUAUUUUGGCUGGAAAAGUCCCACAAGCAACUCCUGGCCAAGCACACACACACACUGUAUAUACCCGCCUUCCCUUGCCAUGACCACUGUAGACAGACAGACAUUCAUCUUGUAAAUUAUUAUGUUGAAGAUGGGGGAUUCCUCGCCUUCUUGUCCCGGUGAAAUCGCGCGAGAUUUAGAGGUUGGUGGCGGGACUUCAACCAGAAAAGUCUAGGAAGCUUCCCGGACUGAGCGAGAGGUGUCUUGGCCCGUCUCGUGCAGUCUUGCUUUCUCCGGCUGUCCGUGGCCUCUCGGCGGCGUCGAUCAGCGCAUUUUGGGUCAUCGUCCUGCUUGCUCCCCCCGCGACGUCGGUGUCGUUGAAGGGCCAGCCCGGGGCCUUCCGACGCAUGCGAGGCUUGGGCUCUGCCCCCGAGGGAGCUGCGGCCCGCUCCCGAUAGAGCGCCAAAGGCAGGGUUUGGGUGACAGUAAAAUUAGGCCGCUUCUGAGGGACACGCACAACAGUGCUGAGAACAGAACAAAACACCGCGCGCGCGCGGCGGGGGGGAAUCUAUGGGAAGUCCGUCCAUUUUGAGAGGUGGGAAAGCCUCCUUUCGCGCACUGUUGAAGCCAAUGCCCGACGUGUCCCCGGUCCCUACACGAUCCUUAGUGGUUUGAAACGGUUCGGAAUGGCUCCCUUGGGAGGCCCGGUCACACGGGCCGGAUGCCUUACCCUCCCGCCGUGUAAAGUGGCAGAGAUAGCAGCUGGAGUUCAAAAUGGAGAACUCUCGCGCCUCCCAAAGGGCCUGAAUCGGGAUAUGGUACCAAGUCACACACAGGUCACAGCCGUUUAAGGCGCGUUGCUCCCUUCCUCUUAGGGUUGCUAUUUCCCCCAAGCUGUUACGGAGGGGUCUCCUUGCUCAGGAAGUCUCCUGGCCACGUGCAUAACCCGGUUAUUUAUUCCCAGAGUCCUUUUCCUCGCGUGCGUCCUGGAAGUAUAUAACUAUCCUUAAUUGUUGCAGCCCUCCCCCCGCAAAUUACUGUAAGCUAGAGGGGUUCCUCUCUCCCACUUUCAUUAGAUCAAUCUAUUCCCAAUCGUGAUUGCCCACCCCCGCUCCCGAAAUUCGUGUGGCCGCUUAAUUAUCGCCGUUGUUAGCACGUUCAUCCAGUGUUAAUGCACUUUCCACGGUUUUUCCACUAUGUUUUUAGCCUAGCCAGAUGGCGGCGGGAGAUUCCCCUCGUUUUGUUGUUAUUUUCCUGUUCGCUUUCACGAUGUUCUUAAUUUAUUUGCACGGUUUAUACAUUUUCUUUACAGCUUGAAAGUGCUUUAAAUGACGGUUUUAAAAUGAUACACACCAUUUUAAAGAAAAUAAAACCUUAAUUUUAUAAUAAAUGUGAUUGUAAUUGAGAAAAUGUUUUGAUUUUUUUUAACAAAUGACAAUAUAAUCCAUAAAGUAUGUCCCCCCCCCUUUCUCUCUUUCAAUCAUUUGCA